GAUCGCUGCUCGGAUCUCACUUCUUUUCUUUCCAAGACCUCUACAUCACCACCAUGGGCUGCACGCAAUCCAACACCGCUCUUGAGACCGCCCCGGCGUCGGCCCCCCGCUCCGCCGCGCCACGCUCGGCUGCCCCGCUAUCGUCGGCCCCGAAGAGCGCCAGCGCCGCCUCGGCGAUUGCCGACGCGCCGACGUCCGACAUCCCGGAAGCCUCGGCCCGCCAGUACCUCAUUUCGGGCCAGUCGAUCAACGAGCAGGGCAUCGUUGUGUACCACAUUGAGGCCCGCGGCGUCACGAUCAAGAAGCGCUUCAACGAGUUCAAGGUCUUCCACCAGCAGCUCAGCACGGUCACGUCGGUGCCGGCGCUGCCCGAGGCCGGCCUUUUCACCGCCUUCCAGCGCAAGAACGACGCAUUGAUCCAGGCGCGCGCGGCCCGCUUCCGAGAGAUCAUCAACGUCGCGGCCGAUCAGGCGCCCGAACGCCUCGACACCUUUGUUGGUGUCAGCGUCGCGCCUGCGCCGACCUCGAACGUCACGAUUGUCGAAGAAAUUGAAGUCACGGUCGAGGCGAACGAGGUCGUUGUUGAGGAGACGAUCACGGAAGUGGCCGUCACGGAGGAGACGACCGUCGAAGAAGCUGUCGCUGAAGAGGCCAUCGUCGACGACGUCGUUGCCGAGAUUACUGCCGAGCUCGAGCCUGAAGCCGAAGUUGCUGACGAGACCCCGGUUGAAAAGUCGUCCGUGUACGAGGAGAAGAAGGUGGUCGUCAUCUAAUCGGCGCGAGACCUUUUGUAGAUUAGGACAUUAUUGCAUGCCACCCAUUGUAGGAUAUAUUGAUAUAUAUUAAGUUAGCAAACGCCAUGUUACCUCGA